AUGCUCGAUCUUUUUACAAUAUUCAGCAAGGGUGGCAUAGUGCUCUGGUGCUUCCAGAGCACAUCUCAGAUUUUUGCACCCAGUGUCAAUGCCUUGAUAAGAAGUGUUAUAUUGCAAGAACGUACAGGGAAUCACAGCUUCGAGCAUGACUCUUUGCGACUACAAUAUAAACUCGACAAUGAGUUUGAGUUGGUAUUUGUAGUGGCAUAUCAGAAAAUAUUACAAUUAUCUUACGUGGAUAAAUUCCUGAAUGACAUCCAUCUAGAGUUUAGGGAUCGCUUCAAGAAUGAGCUUGAAAACUCAAGCUGGUUCACUAACUUCGAAUUUGAACAUGCUUAUCGUAUGGUGCUUGAACGAGCAGAACACUGGUCACGUUCACAGGCUAAGAUACCGAAGCAAAUGCGUACCUUUGACGAGAGUCAAAAGUCCAAAAAGACUGUCGCUAGUAUGAUUGAAAGGAAAAACGAUAAAGACGAUAAGAAGCCAGGUAAAAAGAAGAAAGCAAAUAACUGUAAUGGGGAUUAUCAUACAAAAAUUCAAGAUGUUCCAAAACAGGAAUUGCCGAAACAUCAAGUGGAACAUAACGGAGAACUUGACGAAGAAACGCUGAUCGCCAAUCGUAUGAAACUUGCUCAGAAAAUGGCAGGACAAAAGAAAAAAGCUGACAAGCAGAAAAGUCCUAAACCUGAGAAAGCUGGCAAAAAACCGCGCAUCUGGGAAUUGGGCGGCACAACAAAGGAUCUUGCUACGCUAGAACGAACUAAAGACAAACCUGAAGAAAAUGAUGACUAUGUGGCAGCCAAUACAGCUCUAGUUGGACAGAUGAAAGGUAGCAUUCGCGAUCUCGAGGUAAACAGCGAAUCUGAGGACAGUUCCGAUCAGGAAGAGAUGGAGCAGUGCAAGCAGCAAGUACAAAAGAAAACGAGUAUGUUCUCUAUGUUCAAGAGUCUAGUUGGCAGCAAAUCUCUAAAGCAAGCAGAGAUGUUGCCGGUUUUAGAGAAACUGAAAGAUCAUCUAAUCACUAAAAAUGUUGCUGCGGACAUCGCGCAGAAGUUAUGCGAUUCUGUCGGCACAAAGUUGGAAGGAAAGAUACUCGGCACCUUUGAUAGUGUGGCAAACACUGUGAAAGCCACUUUAACAGACGCUUUAGUACAGAUAUUAUCGCCCAAAAGGAGAAUCGAUAUUCUACGAGACGCUUUAGAAGCUAAGAACAGCAACAGGCCUUAUGUGAUGACUUUUUGUGGCGUCAAUGGGGUCGGCAAGUCGACAAAUCUGGCAAAAAUCUGUUUCUGGUUAAUAGAAAACAAUUUCCGUGUGUUAAUAGCCGCAUGCGAUACAUUUAGAGCUGGAGCUGUUGAACAACUGAGAACUCACAUGCGUCAUUUGAAUGCUCUGCAUCCACCAGAAAAGCACGGGAAUCAGUCGAUGGUGCAGCUAUAUGAGAAAGGUUACGGUAAAGAUGCCGCAGGCAUUGCCAUGGAGGCGAUACGCUUUGCGAAAGAUUCCAGAAUUGAUGUUGUCCUAGUUGAUACUGCUGGUAGAAUGCAAGAUAAUGAACCAUUAAUGCGAGCUCUGGCAAAGCUAAUUAAAGUUAAUGAGCCGGACUUGGUUUUAUUUGUGGGAGAAGCUCUCGUCGGGAAUGAGGCUGUGGAUCAACUGGUGAAAUUUAAUCAAGCUUUGGCUGACUACAGUCAAUCUGCCAAUCCUCAUAUGAUCGACGGUAUCGUGUUGACAAAAUUUGAUACUAUCGAUGAUAAAGUUGGCGCAGCUAUUACAAUGACAUACAUCACUGGUCAACCUAUUGUUUUUGUUGGAACUGGUCAAACUUACACUGACCUGAAAUCAUUGAAUGCCAAAGCGGUGGUACACGCUUUAAUGAAAUGAAAAAUGAUAAGCAAACUUUUAUAUUGCAGGCAUUCUGCAAUAUAUAGAUUUCAUUUAAACUUUAUUAUACAUUGAUGUUACAGUUGAAGUUUUGUAUUAUGUUCAAAACUAAUUUAUUGUUUGACUAAACUAUUAAAUGAUGACUAAAAAAUUAAGAACGAAUAAUCUGUUGAAUAAAUAUGAAAAUCGAUGAAUCAAGGACGAUGAAUCAUGCUGUUGUUACGAAAACAAAAAAAAAACAAGAAAAAGAGAAAAAGGCAUUUUCAGUUGAUGAUGUGUUAAAUUAUUGCGAAUGAUUGGAUUUCUUAAAUAAAGUUGAAUAUUUCACAGUUUAAAA